GUUGGGUGAGUAAGUGAACAGGUCAAACAUGGCGUCACAUAAUCUAGUGUUUGUAAUCAAUACUGACCGGCAUGGACAGCAGCGCGACUCGCGUCCUAACGUCGUAAAACUGCGUCUGUUGAAGCACGGAGUGCUUAGAAUCCUGAUUUAUUUUGGCUGCAGAUACGGGUUCGAAAAGGUGCGAUGGGGGUACACAUUCUUUAGUUCGCAAGGGGGACGAAGUGCCAACGCCAGGGGAUCAGAUUUCAAAGAAGUUUUAGAGAAAACAUUCGAGGAUUUCGAAGCAGAGGUGCAGGCUAGAUUAGAGGAGAAACCGAAGACAGCUGUGUGUUCUGCUCAUCCGAGGCCGUCCCCUCACCUCGUCGGAUCCGUGCAAACGGCUUUGAAGGAGAGCUUAAUGGAUUUCCAGUGGGACAGACCGGAUAUUACCUCUCCGACAAAAUUGGCAUUGCGACCGAGGAGGUCAAAUCGACCUGGCAAGACCGUUCCCCUGGAUGAUGAUGUGUCAGCUAGGGGUAAAAAUCUGUUGUUCCUUUUCUCGGAGUGUCCACAUUCCAGAGCUGAGCUCGAGGACUUCGUGUCCUUUCCAGUGGGUAACGCAGAGAUCCACAGAGACAUGCCCGACCGUAUUCUGCCCAAGGCCCUGCGUAAUAUGAUGACCUGUAAUCGGGUUGUCCUUCACUGGGUUGACUCCAAUGACUACAGUGAGGUUCAGAAGAGCUCGGACCAUGUUGGCUAUGAUGUGCUGUCUGAGGUGCUGAUGCAAGCCGGUGGGAGUGUGCUGCCGAUGAGUGUCCUGCUGUGCCUCUCUGGUCCACCAAACGGAAGAGGCGAAGAUACCGAGGGGUUUCCAGGGCUGGCUUCCUGUGACAGAUUACCUCACACCAGCAGAAGAAAAGAUGUCUUCCCCUUUGAUUCAAGCAUUGGGUACAUCCUGUCUACACAGCAGAGUUAUCGCUUGGCCUUUCCCAUUCAGAAUGGUGUACUGCACCUGGGUCAAGACAGAGACUCCAAAACCUACAGUGUUUCUUUGGAGCCCGUGGCUCGCAGGCAGAAGAUGUUCGCCGGUGCCGUGGACAUCACCCUGAAAGGUGUUCUUCAGGGCUGGAGCUCCCUCCAGCUCAUGGGCGUGGCGUCCGAGAGCUGGGUGCUUCAGCAAACGGAGGAUGCUACACAGACGGGUCGGAGCGGCGCCACUCUCCAACAUCUUCUGAGCGAGCUGUCAGCGCAGUCCCAUGUCAUGUUUGCUGAGGUCAGCAAUGGCGGCCUCUCUUCCACCGCAGUGCUUUCCCCUCUGUCUGCCUACACCGCCCUGCUCACGGUGAUCCAGCCGCAGGUUGGUCUCGUUGGAGACGUUCUGUCGGCGGAUGUGGUGUCCCCUGCCACUGGAGAGACUUCUGCUGACUUGCCCGAUAUUGUCACUAGCGUUCUCAGUGUUGUGUAUGACAUCAUGAACGAUGAGGAGGAAAGCACUGGUGAGCUGACCCAGGUUACCGGCACUUGUGUUCCUGAAUGGGUACAGCAGGAGCUCAAUCACUGGUCCAGCCCAGUGACUGCUGGUCUGGUUGAGGGCUGGUUCCCUCAGUCUGAUGAAUCAGGAGUCAGCUCGCAUUUGAUGGAGUCCAUGAGGCUGCUGGAUGCUGUUCCUGAUAAAAAUGAGUUUGUGGAUGAGAUCUUGGACACCCAGUCUGAUCUGACAAGGUCCCUGUCAGAGCUCUACCAGGGAAUGACUGCGGAGGCGUCUGCUGACCAGAAAGGCAAGAAACGUAAUGCCCAGCGCACGCCAGUCAGGCAGAAGAUGAGAACGAUGAGCCGCUCCCUGCAGAUGCUUAACACGGCGCGGCUCAACGCGAAGGCCCUGAAGAGUCGGACGGAGGAGCCUUCAGGGGGCGAGAGAGGUCCCGAGAAAGCAGGAAAGAGGCGGUCUGGGGACAGGAGCAAGACUAGGUCCAGUACCACAAAUUUUAAGAGCGAAGAGGAGCUCCUGUCACAUGUCAGAUCGACUUACCAGAAAGCAGUGGCUGAGAGAGAGACUGCUUUAGUCACAGAAGUCCAGAACUUCCUCACCCUAGUGAAGAAUUUCCUGAAACCUGCGAAAGACCUUGAGGAGUGCUCCUCAAACUUCAUCCAGCAGAACCUGCUCAGAUCCAGCAAGUCUAUACGGCAGCAUUACGGGAAUGCACCUGAUGCUGACAGCAAAGUCAGAGAAUGCCAGCUGCAGGCUGUGUUGAGGCUGGAGAUGUGCAGGCAAUUCCCUGCAGUGCCGUCUGAAUCCCAGUGCCAAGAGCAGAUGGCUGAGGAGGUCGCUGAUAUGCUGCGAAUAAUUUCCUUAACAAAGGACCCGGUUUACCUCACAAAGUUCCUCGAAGAAGAAGUCCUUCCAGUAUAUAUGACUGCCAUUCCCAAAGUUUUGGCAGACAUGUACUACAGCUUGGGCACCCAGCUUCCUGAUGCCCUGCGUGCAGUCCUCCCCUCCGACUUCCUCAGCGACGACUCCAUGGCCAAGGAAAGCGUCUCCCCUGCUGCCUCCUCCGUGUCUGCUGCCCACAGCUUGGCCUCCAACACAGGGGAGCGUCUGGAGGAGCUGCGUGACCGGUCGGCCAAGAAGAGGAGGAGUGGUAUGCUCACCCGCCAUCGAAGCAUGAGCGACGCAUCCCAAGGUCUUCGUCAGAUUGAAAUGCCCAGGAAGUCCACGAGAGUGGCAAAGCCCAACCUUCGACCUCAAGUUGAAAAACCUACCAUUGAGAUGCCACCAGCUCCAAAGCAGACAGCACAAGAGGUCACGAAGGUUCGAAGGAACUUGUUCAACCAAGACGUGCUUUCUCCUACGAAGAAAGCCAAGCUCCCGCGAAGCCAGUCCGUCUCAGCCGUGGAGGGAAUGAAGCGGAAACGGUCACAGCUGAAAGAUAGCAGUGAUCAUCAUGCAUUGCUGACAAAGAAGGUAGCAGAGACGCCUCUCCACAAACAGGUGUCCAACCGUUUGCUUCAGAGACAGAGAACAGGACGCAAUUCUGACCCAAAUGAUAUCUGCAUUGUGGAAGAGUCUCCUAUCAAAGUGACAAGUGAUCUGAGGAGGAGCCCAAGGAUAAAGAGCUUGUCCUUCACACGAAGGCAUUCUAGCUCCUUCUAUUCCAGCUCCCAGAUGCGCUCCAGAAACCUGGAGAGAGUCUUCUCUUCAUCUCAGCUUCCCCUCAGUGACAGCAAAAUUGGUGACUUGAACAUUACGAGGAUCAGAUCACCGGUGCGACUCCUGUUUGGAGCGGUACAGUCCCCUGGGACGUCUUCCUCAAUGGAAUCCUACAGUCGUAGAAGCACCAGAAGGCAGCUUCUGGGCUCUGCAGAUUCAGAAGUUUUUGAGAGUCCAAAGAAAACCCCCAGAAAAACUCCUCAAAAGCAGAGCAAGUCACCUAGGAAGUGUCCACGUACGCCAUCCAGGAACUCUCCUCGCAUGUCUUCCAGGAGGUCUCCUCGUACCCCCUGCAGGGCGUCAGCUGCUUCCUGCUCUGAGAGUCCUGUGACAGGUUUUGCGUUAGGGGAAACGGGAAUGAUGCUACGGGGCAGUCCUUUCAGAUCUCCUGCCAGCAGAGCUCUAGUAAUGACCACCCCUGUGAAGGAAAGCCAGGGAACGACACCUCUGAAAAGCAUCUUGCAGCCUGUGUCCCUAGCCGGAUCAAAUGUCACUCAUGGAAUUUUACAGAGUCCCUCCAGGACUCCCAGAAAAUGUGUCACCUGGUCACCGUCCCCACGGAAAAAGCAUUCAGAAGGGACGGGUGCUGCGUUUAAAGUGCCCGAUUCCCCUUGCCUUUCAACCAGAACUUCUCCCAGGUUUUUGAAAACCCCCAACAAAUUUUCCAGCCCCUUCAAGAGUGUGAACAGGCCUGAUGUGUUUAAAACUCCUGACAAAGACAUUAGGAGGUCUACGCCUAAGAAAAGUCCUUUCAAAUUGGGAGCAUCUCAGACUAUACUAGAAACUUCUUUAAAGAGCACUUUGACUUAUUCACCUAAAUGCAAGACUGUGAAUGAUCAAGGCCCGGUGACACGAGGCCUGACAAAGCAGCAGUCAAGUUCGGGGAACUUUGAGUACUUUGUUAAAACUGCCAGCCACGACCGAGCAAGUCCUGUCAGUCAGAAAGGCGCGAAAUCCCUUUUGUCAGAGAGAGAACUUGUUUCAAGCUCAGUUGCUACCCCAGGGUCGGCUUCCUCACAGCUUUCACAGGAGGAGGCUGAUGCAGGGUCUCAGUCAGAUUCUCUGCAGCCUGAGUCCUCCCAGUGCAGCCUGGCCACCACAGAGGAAGAGAGCAUCGACAUCUGUGACGCCUCUGUUGUCAAAACCCAGCUGUCUGGUGGCAUAAAGAUGAAUGUCACCUUUUCAAGAAAGCCUUCCAGAUCCUCAGCAGUCGAACUACCAGACAAUCCUCCACCCUCAGCUACGCCAGUGUGGAGUUAUGGCUUCCGUCAGACUCCAGAUCGCCAGCAGAGAGCUGCCGCAGCCCGUCUGGGGAGCCCUGAGGGGAUGCCAAAGUUCUCGACUCCCCGUUCCUCGCGAAAGUUCAGCCAGCAGCCGAAGCCGAGCGCUCCCGAUACCCUUACUUACCAAGUGGAGCUGGAAAUGCAGGCCUCAGGCCUCCCAAAGCUUAAGUUCAAAAGAACAGACUCCUUCAAUGCUCAGGAGGCAACAGCAGAGGGCAGCAUUAAAGUGGGGUCCCAUGGUCCACUGAAUACAAAACCCCCAAGAGUUGACAGUCCCCUUUCGCAGUGCUCCAAACACAGGGAUGCGGGGUACGCAUCUCCCUCGCUCUGCAGCCACGCCACUCCUGCCAAAACCACGCCAGGGAAAGGCAGUGUCCAGACUUACAUCUGCCAAUCCUACACACCCACGGGGCACAUGGCCAGCACCCCAUCGCCGUCAGGAGCGGGAGAGCUUGCCCCCUGGACACCCUCGCCUCGGAGCAGGGGGAGAUGCACCCCAGACAACCUUAACAACUGGCCUCGCAUAAAAAGGGCGAGAAACGAGAUAACGGGAGGGAAGGACAAGCAUGUGAGGGGUGACACUCUCACAGAGGAGAUGGAAGACGUGAAGGUGCUGGAGGAUCCAGAGCUCGAAGGUGUCUACAGACUGCAAGAACCUGACGAGUGCAAGGAAACAGACAAUCUUUUAAGCGCAAAGCUGGAGACUCGGAGGCCCACGAGGCACGGGAGCAAAGAAACCCUCAUAACCAGGGGAGCUGAAAAGAGGCAGCACAGCUCACUGGAGGAUAUCGACAUCACAGAAACACUACUGGGCCAUUUUGCUGGUGCUGAGUCACUGAAGCUUGAUGAUAAGAUCCCAUGGUUUAAAGAAGAGAGCACCAUAAGUUCAGCAGUGACACCUCCCAGUGCGAAGGCGAGGAAGCCAGUGUCAGCAAGCGGGAUACUGGCUCUCACUCAGUCGCCAAUGUUAUACAGAAGAAAAAGGCAAUCUGACAGUAGUCACCAAGAUGAAUCAGAAACUGGGACUGACAUUCACAAGAUGGCCGAUGUCGAACCAGAGUCCUCCCCUUUCAGCCGACCACCCAGGCGGCACGCUUCCGGCAGGACAUACAGCAGGAAAAGGCUGUUGGACUGAUGUUAUCAACCUAAAAUGUGAAAUGUUUGUUUCUUUGUCACGCCUGGCCUUUGUGCUUGUCUUUUAAUCUGUAAAUGUUGUAGAUAUAUUU